AUGUUGUUCAAGUUGUCCUUUGCUCUUGCUUGUUUGCUCAAGUUUGUUGCAUCUGAUUACCAAGGUACAAUGUUUUCUUCAACUAUGAAAAUCAUAUUUAGGCGACUUUUUUUGUCUAAUAUCCAAUUUUUUAUUUUUUUAACCUGUAAGUUUUGUCCAUUUUUUCGCUUCAUGCAUAUGUUAAUGUCCCUCGACACCCUUUUUUUCUGUGUUGAAGCUCCUAAGAAUCUCUCGUUUCCUCCCUUUUAGGCUUCCCUUUUUUCUCUUUCCUGCUUCGUUUUGAUUGCAGAGGUACCUGGUACAUGUGGUUCACCUAGCAUCGAGAUCCCCAUAGAUCUCUUGCUAACAGUUAGUUUUUUCUCUUCGAGGAUCUCUAUUUUAUUUCUCAUAUGUUUUACAAAACCUACUAUGUAGCAUGUCUAUCUUCUAAUGAUUUGAAUUUUCUUCAUUCCAAUUUUCAUAUUUAAUGUCAUAUAUUUUGUUUUCUCAUCACAAUCAGCUUGAGAUAGCUUCAUUUAUUUCUCUGACCGACUAUUGUCACAUUAUAUGCCUCAAUUUGUUCUAGCAUUAUUAGCAGAUAGUUUUUGCGUUAAUGAGUACGGUUCUUAUAUCUGUUUGUAGCUCUGACGCAGAUAAGUAUGAUGCACAUGCUAAUAAAACGAACGUUCAGUUAUGGGAUCUUCGGGAAUUGAUUAGGAAUGCUCGUAUUAAAGUAUUUAGUGGAAUCUUCACUGGAUUAAUUUCAUUCUUUUGUUUUAUGGGGUGUAUGAAAAGCCCCAAGAGCAUAUGUGCGCAUGUAAAACUUUCUCCACUCAGUUUUCAUAUGCAUUACUCUUUAUUUGCCAUAAUGGCCAAUUGAACUUGUAAUGGAGUUCUUGGUUCUCAAUUUCAUUACAUCUAAUUUACCAAGGGCAUGCUCAGCAAGGCUGAAGCGUUAAUAAGCAUGGGAAUUUGUUUGCAGGGGAUGCACUAGAUGAUUUGAGGAAGCGCUUAAAUGCCUCUGAUAACCAGCUCAAAGACUGGAACACAAAUAUGGUCAAUCCAUGUACUUGGAACUCCGUUAUCUGCGAUGAUCAAGGCAAUGUCAUUCAAGUGUAAGUUGUUCAUAGUAUGGUAGCACCUGAUCUCCAAAAAGUACUAUAACUUAAUGUUCUCGGUGAUCGAGAAAUCAUUAUUUUCAGCAUUUUGCUCGAAUCCAUUCCUAGAAGAAUGGCUUUGAUGACCUUAUACAUGAUCCAUGAUAAUGCUGAAAAAUUUUCGCAGCACAUUACCUUCCAUGGGAUUUACUGGAACUUUGUCGCCAAAAAUAGGAGCUCUAAAGUUUCUGUCUGUUCUGUAAGUAUUAGUCAAUUUGUACUCCUAUUUUCAUUUUUUGUGGACUAGUGAUGUGCUAAACUCUUAUCCUGUUAACUAAGGUUUCACUUCAAUUUGAAUAUUCAAAUCUUAGUAUCUCUCUAAUUUAGUUAGCUUUAUAAUCACACUGGUACCUAUUUGAAAAUUUCAAUUCAUUUAAUUCUUGCACAUUAUCUUAGUGAAUAUAUAUGAGAUCAGAACAUGGUUGCUCGUUCUUUAGAUGCCUUUUUUUCAUGGGUUUUGUUGAAGAGAUAUUUUAGGCAGAUUUAACUUCUUGUGAAUACCAUCCAUAAGUUUAUUUAAAGUAUGACAUUAAUUUAUGUCUUAAUUAAACUUGCUGGGGCUCUAUUUCCUGUUUCUUGGUUUAAGUUUUACCAUUCAACUAUUGAUCCCAUGUACCAGCUUAAGUCACUGGACUAUUAAUGCCUGGUAUGUUGUCCUGUCACCAAAACUGGCCAAUAUAUGAUGAAUCCUAUUACUUGGAGCGUUAAUUCUCUUUGGGAUCAAAUUUUCUGCUGGAUAUAAAGAUCAAGUUCAAGGGCAACGAAAGCCUUACUCCAAACUUUGCGAAAGAGCUGCCUGGUGAUCCCUAGGUUGCAGCACGUCCACUCCCGACUCAUUUUCUUUUUGUGAAGAAUGAAGAGAGCCCUCUGGUCUCAAGGAAGACACUUACAUUUUUCCAGGAAAAUUCGACAACCAGGCAGCCACAUGAAUAAGCAGACUUCAACUAGUGAGGACAGUUUAGGGGCAUCCAACUUGAUUGCCAAAGUAAAUGUACAGUGGCCAUGAUGCAGAAAAGAGUAAAAGAGAAGGUGGUAGCUAGGUACAAGAGGAAGCCCCAAUUUAAACUUAUAUAUGUCUACUGCGGAAGAAAUUGAAUAUAUAAUGAAAAAUGUUAUCUUGAAAGCCGUACUCAUCUUAGAAAACAAACAGAUUGCCAGAAUGACUACAAGAUUGGCGUUGUAAGGAAAGGAACAAUUCUUUUUUGAAAUUGAGCUGGUUCAGAGAUACACUAUUUUUUUAUUAACCUCCAAUGCAGUGCAUUGUUUCAAGUAAUGUGUAUGCCAUUUACCUGAAUAUUUCUCUCUGUUACUCACGCUUCCUGUCUCAGAAGCUUAUAACACCAUGCUGAGAUAUAACAUUAGAUGCUUUAAUGUGUUUUUAAAUCAGAUCACUACCUGGUAACAAGAUAACAGGCCAGAUACCAAUAGAAUUUGGAAAUCUGUCAAAUUUGACGAGCUUGAACUUGGAAAAUAAUCAUUUAAGUGGGGAAAUACCAGAUGCUCUCGGCAACCUUCCCAAGCUUCAGAUUUUGUGGGUAGCAUAUUUCCUGAUUUCGAAUUAGUGAGGCUUCUCUAUGAAAUGAUUUCACCGUUCUUAUGUCUGAAUCGUCAUUUGUUGCAAUGUGCGCAGGGUUUUGAGUCAGAACAAUCUUAGCGGAAAAAUUCCUGAGAACUUUUCAAACCUGUCAAGUUUAAGUGAUAUGUAAGUAAAUUGGCCGUGACAGUGACUUACCUUCGCUUGGAGAUCUAGUUGGGGCUGUAUUCAUAUCUAGACAUUCGAUUCUGGUUUAUUUGCAAUGCAUUUUCCGUAUCCUCCUGAAUUAACAGCGUGGUUUUAUUUUUCAGUUAAUGUUACGCUCACUCGCUAAAUAGAUGAAAAUGGUUGCAUUGGAUGUAGCUCUAAUUCCGGAUGGAAUAGCUGUUCUUUAUUUUUUGUAUCCAUGAGGUUUCAUAAAAUAUUGGACCAGACAAUAGGUGUUGGCAGGAUGCACUAAUUGCAUGUUCUUUGUUAAUAAAUAGUGAGCUUUUCCCGUUCCCCAGUUAUACCCCGAGAACCAAGAGUAAAAAAAAUUUUCCAUUGUAACACUAUUCUGCAGAAGGCUCCAGUUUUUAUCUGUACAGUGAAAGGUGCUCAAGUUUUUUUCAUAACUCCAAUUAUUGAUUUAUCGGUACUGAUUUUUUGUCUGCAGUCAGAUAGCCUUCAAUAACCUGAGUGGUACAAUACCUGACCGCCUUUUUGAAGUGGGGAGAUACAAGUAAGAAUAAUUUCUUUAUGAUAUUAUAAGAAUAAAGUAUAAAAUCUUUCAUUAUGUUUUGUGGUUUCAAAGAUUCUUAAAUGGUUUCUUUUCUCACAAUUUUUUUGUUGAGCAGUUUUACCGGAAACAACUUAAACUGUGGUCCGAAUUUUCCCCAUGUUUGUGUAUCCAGCAUUGCUGAGAAUGGUAUGCAGUCCUUUGUUGUAAACUGAAGAAUUGUACAUUUGAAGAAGUGGAAGAUUUAGUUUAAUAUUUUUGUGGGUAUAACUUGUGUAUCAUUUGGCUCCACAGGGGGAUCACAAAAACCAAAUAUUGGGCUUGUGCUUGGAAUUGCUAUACCAGUAAUACUCCUUGUUUCUGUGGUAAUAUUUUUUGUGUUGAAGGGGAGGAGGAAAGGUUACCAUCGUGAAGUCUUUGUAGAUGUUGCAGGUAUGGGUUUGUUUUGGGUUGACGAAUCAGUUAAUAUUUGGUGUCUUGGAUUCUAGAUUCAAAUAUGCAACGACAGGAUAGUUAUCCCUAUUACUAUCUAUGUAGCUUUUCAUAUAAAUUUCGCAGAUGAUGAACAUUAUGUUAACACCAAGCAUUCUUUGAACUCGGUAUCUUUGUAAAAAAAAUGGUAACUACCAUCUAAUCAUUAAAUAAUGAAUGAAACGGGGAAGGAUGUAGGUCCUCCAUGAAACUCUCAAAACUCAGUUAGCUAUGUACAGCAGAAAGGCAGUGUUGGUCAUAUUUGCUAAACCAAAAUGGCAACAUGACAAAUUUAUGCCUUUCUUUGUUAGAAAAAAUCGCACCACCUCUUUGAUCUUGUUACAUGAUUGAGUACCCUAGCAUCCGAAAGGCUUUCCUUUUGAAAAAUUCAGUUGUUUAUCCAAAGUCUGCAUGGUCAAUAAGCCACCUGGUCUUGAAAUCCCCUUUCUCUGUCUAAUGCUGGGGCCACCUUAAGAAAGGCGACCAUAUGCCUUGGUUGUUUCUGAUUUAUUCUUCAUGUGUGACCUGGUAAAUCUCAUGGGAGGACCAUCCAAGGAACAGAUGCUGCAAAGAUUCUGAUUCAUAUCUACUAAAGCUUCGUGCAGUGUGAAUGCUACCUAAAAACAGAGCUAGUCUAUCACAAAUAGUAGUUUCCCGCACUAGAAAGUUCACAUUGAUGUAUUACUGUUGGUCUCUCUUAUCCUAAUGAUGCAACAGAACCUAACUGAAAUCUCCAAUCAUCUUUCUUAAAACAUUACUUUGAAAACUUUUUAGUUCUUUUUUUUAUUUGAACGUCACAUAUCAUGCCAAGUGAAGUUUAUUGAGCCGCUGAGACUUAGAGACUUAUUAGUUUUCCUUGAUUAUAUGCAUUGAAAACCGUUGAAAAUAUUACCCAUUUCUACAGAAUCGCUGAUUAUGAUCUCUUCCUAGGUGUGAAACCGUAAAAAGGGCAUUUAAUAGCAGUUAUUCUGACAAAAUAAUAGGAAUUUUCUCGGAUGCUGCAAUUGGGCAUGCAUCUGGUAUUAACAGACAUCCAAGAGAGAUGAUUCUAGGCUGAAGGUUUGAAGACUAGAAUGCCAAGUGGUAAAGGGAACUCAUUGCUUUCUUUCCUUGAUGGGAUAAUGUAUGUUGAUCCUGCAAAUCGUCAAGGAAUGCACACUGGUGGAUAAUAUGAGAAUACAAGUAUAACACGCAAAUGAAACCUACAGACGAAUCUAGUGCAACUCUGCACAUAGCUAAAGGUUUUUAAAUUCCCUGAGAAUGCACUGCCCAUCACUAGCAGAUUUGUCUCUAAGAAAUGUAGACUAACAAUGGCCCCUGGAGAGAGGUUAAAUUAGGCAAACAUAUUUUUAGAGAGAUCUACUUCUUACGUGCUAAAGAAAAUGUGUCGUUCCCAGUUAUUGUGUUUUCCUUAUAGCGUCAGUGCUCUAUUUCUGUUGUACCUUAGACGCUUUAGAGACUGGAGUCGAAAUAGCGUAGAAGAUCACUCCAGUGGUAAUUUACAUUUUUGAUGUUGUCGGUUAAGUACACUGAUUCUCUGCUAGAUUGAUUGACCGGGUUGCCUUCAUCCUGGUUCGCAGGUGAAGAUGACCGCAGGAUUGCAUUUGGGCAAUUGAAAAGAUUUUCAUGGCGAGAGCUUCAACUGGCUACCGAUGGUUUCAGUGAAAAGAAUGUUCUUGGACAGGGAGGUUUUGGGAAAGUGUACAAAGGAGUUCUCUCAGACAAUACAAAGAUUGCUGUUAAACGAUUGACAGAUUAUGAAAGUGCUGCUGGGGAAUCUGCCUUCAUGCGCGAAAUAGAAUUGAUUAGUGUAGCUGUACAUAGAAAUCUGCUGAAACUAAUUGGAUUCUGUACCACACCUUCCGAGAGACUCCUGGUUUAUCCUUUUAUGCAAAAUUUAAGUGUGGCAUAUCGACUACGAGGUAUUUCUUUCUUAUCCUCUGCUCACCCCCAUUCUUUAGGUUUGUUACGUUGAAAAGUUUUUAGAGAGGCCUAAGCCAUUUUUUCCUACAAUCAUAAGAUUACCCUAUCAAGCUAUGAAUAUCUGAUUCACCCACGUUGGCCAAGGGUGAAUUGGUCUGCUCCAUCUCCCUAACCCUUGCAUUUUUCAUGUAAUUAUUCUUCAUUUUAUGAUUCCCUUGAUGGAUUACCACAGUUACAUCAAGUUAUUGCAAUAUCUCUUGAGCGUUAAUUAUCAUGUUUUCAUCCAUUUAUUUUCCUAUGUCUAGAUACACAUCUUUUCCUAUGUUUAGAGAGGUCUUGCCAUUUUCUAGUACAAUCAUAAGCAUACCCUAUCAAGAUAUGAAUAUCUGAUUCAUCUACGUUGGCCAAGGGUGAAUUGAUCCGUUCCAUCUCCCUAACCCUUGCAUUUUUCACGUAAUUAUUCUUCAUUUUAUGCUCCCCCUGAUGUACUACCAUUGUUCCCGUUGCACCAAGCUAUUGCAAUAUCUCUUCAAUGUUCUAUGUCAUGUUUUCAUCCAUUUAUUUUCCUAUGUCUAGAUACACAUUUUUAAUUGACCAUGUUUAUCAUGGAGAACUUUGAGAUCAGCAUCAUAUAUAUCUAUUUGUCUUGCCACUUGAGGCAGAGAUUAAACCUGGAGAAGCUGUGCUAGACUGGCCUACCAGAAAGCGGGUAGCUCUGGGCGCAGCUCGAGGUCUAGAAUACCUCCAUGAGCAUUGCGACCCAAAGAUUAUCCAUCGCGAUGUCAAAGCUGCAAAUGUUCUGCUUGAUGAGGGCUUCGAAGCCGUUGUUGGGGACUUCGGCUUGGCGAAACUAGUCGAUGUGAGGAAGACUUCCGUAACGACCCAAGUCCGUGGAACCAUGGGUCACAUUGCACCUGAAUACUUAUCCACUGGGAAGUCAUCUGAGAAGACCGACGUCUUUGGUUAUGGGAUCAUGCUUCUCGAACUGGUCACAGGACAGCGGGCAAUAGACUUCUCUCGCCUGGAGGAAGAAGAUGAUGUGCUCCUACUCGACCAUGUAAGUUUGCCCUGCAAUUUCUUUCCUGGGUGAUCUUGAUGAUUAGCAGAUUGCCCACAAAUUUUCGGUUUCAAUAUCUUAUGGUAGAUGAUAUUUAUGUCAAGUGGGCAUGUGCCCAGAUUAAUCUAAGUCCUGAAAAAAAACAAAAAGACUCCGUUUGGUUGGGUCAAUUAACAUGUUCGCUGAUUACCAUGCAGGUGAAGAAGCUGGAGCGGGAGAAGAGAUUGGAUGCCAUUGUAGACCGCAACCUGAAGAGGAAUUAUGACGGGCAAGAGGUGGAAAUGAUGAUCCAAGUCGCUCUGCUCUGCACUCAGCCGUCGCCUGAGGAUCGCCCGUCGAUGUCGGAGGUCGUCCGGAUGCUCGAAGGGGAGGGGCUGGCCGAGAGGUGGGAGGAGUGGCAGCAGGUGGAAGUCACCCGGAGGCAGGAGUAUGAGAGGCUGCAGGGGAGGUUCAACUGGGUAGAAGACUCGAUGUACAAUCAGGACGCAAUCGAGUUAUCUGGAGGGAGAUGA